UAUCCAUAGUGACAAAAACACCGGGGAAGAAUCUACGUCGCGUCAUGGCGUCUCCCCAUGACAACGGCAGCGAGACAAUGUAACGGCGUCCGAGUGGCGGGAGAUCCGCGAUCGGAAAUGUAUUUUUGAGCUUUUGUAACAUUCGUUUCGAUUGACGUCAUUAUUCACAGAGAGAACGGCGGCGCGUCCUGCGGAUGUCAUGUAGCGGAGGGCCGCGGCGAGUCCGAUCGCAUCGCGUUGCUGGGCGGGGAGGGGAGAGAUCAGACGGCCCGGAGAUCUUAAAUAAAAAAGCAUCGGGGAUAUCCAUGCCUUUCUGAAGCCGUGCGAGUCGAUUUGACGCAGGGCUGAAGGAUGGAUGUAGGUGCUCUUGCGGGUGCGGACGGAGGUCCCAGGCGAGUGGAUUCGGUGGAGGGAGGUCUUGAAAUUGUGCCACUGGAAAUGUAUGACUCUGCCCGGGCUAAGAUAGAAGCAAACCUCCGCUGGCUCUUCGCCAAAGCUUAUGGUGAAGAGCACAUCCCAACAGACCUGAGGGACCCGUUCUACACAGAUCAGUACUGCGUGGAGCACAUAAAGCCUCCGGUCCUGAGCCUCCUGCUGUCCUCAGAUCUGUACUGUCGGGUGUGUGCGCUGCUCCUGAAGGGAGACCAGGUGUCGUCUCUGACCUGCCAUCAGGCCGUCAUCCAGACGCUGGCACGCCGGGGAAUUUAUGUAAGAGAAGGCGACGACACGCCCGUCUCCCACGACGACCUCUCAUCCACCCCGAUUAAGAUGAGUUCUCAUAUCCCGCUGAUCGACGCGCUGAUGAUGGCUUAUAUGACGGAGAUGAUGUCGAUGGAGAGAGUCGUGUCGAGCGUCAAACGCUUCUCUACCUUCUGCGCUUCUAAAGAUCUUCCCUUCGACAUGGAGGACGCCAUGCUGUUCUGGAUCAACAAGGUCAUUUUGAAGACCAGAGAGCUUUCUGAGAAGGACUUCAAAAUGAAACAGCCGCUGAUCGAUUCGCCGUGCCAUCAAAAGUCUCCCUCAAAAUGGUACUGGAAGCUUGUGCCUCCUGAUCUCAUGAAUGCUUUGGCCCAUUGCAUGCUGGAGCCAGUGGAGUUCUCUCGUGUGGUACGUUACCGUAGAGAUCACCUGUCCGGACAUCCUCUCCCUCACCUGACUGUGAUAGAGGAUUUGUUGAAGGAUGUGUGUGAUGGGGCGGCACUUUUAACAGUCGUCCACUUCUACUGUCCUGAAUAUAUGAAACUAGACGAUAUAUGUCUGAAAGAAGUUCCCUCGCUGUCAGACAGUGUGUAUAACAUUCAUCUGCUAAAAGAGUUCUCCAGUGAAUAUCUGAACAGAUGUUUUUAUCUGCACACUGAAGAUCUGCUCUACGGCCCACCUGUGCUGAAGCAAAAUCUGUUGGUUUUUAUUGCUGAGCUGUUUUGGUGGUUUGAGGUCGUGAAGCCAGAAUUUGUGAAGCCAAAAGACCUGCAGGAGAUGAAAGAUGUGAGAGCAUCACUUCAGCCAAAGAGUUGCCGCCCACAUGUGCCCAUAUCCAAUGCCACCAAACGUAGCUUCAUGACAUCAUCACCGUCAGCUGAUUCGCUGGCGACAGUCGUCUCUCCCGAUGGUUAUAUGAGGUACCAUUUACAUCCCGAGGAGUCAUUAUCUGUAACUAAAGGAAGCCCCGCCCACAUGCUCCUCCCACUACGACAGAGACAACAGAAUCAAGGCGAUGAGAAUUCAGAGGUGAGGAACAGAUCAAACUCUUUGUCUCGUAUGGAUGGACUCAUGCUUGGAUCACAGCUGGCAUGGGCAGAAAGGAAACACAGACCCAUCUCACAGAUGGAGACGGAAUGGGAACGUCUAUGCGGCGAUGAUGUCAGCUUGGCCCGUUCCAUCAGUAAGGACAGUUUAGCAUCCAACGUCAUCUCUAUCACUCCACGCCACCGCAUCAAUGGCCAGCCCUUGCCCCAAACUCAUCACUAUGACAACCAUGAGGAAGAGGAGGAGCUAGUGGCUGUCAUUAACCCUGUGGCCGGAUCUAGAGAUGGCCGACCUGAGGGUUUCUUUUUGGAACCGUUGCAGUCUGCAGUUCUCCGACCAAAUAAAGAAAAAACGGGCGUUAGUAAACGGGAAGAGAGUGGUGAGGGGCGGGGACAUCACAGGAAGUCUUACACUCCCACAGAAUGCGUAAUGAAUCGGACAUUCACGCCAAUAAACAACGUGGAGCAAGAAGAAACACGCACACAGUCCCCAACCCGUUCUGGAAGAUUCUUCUUGAGCGACGACGCAGAGUGUAUGAGGGUCAGUCCGGUGGGAGGCUGGAAGGACGUCACUUCGGAUUCUGAAUUUGAGGAAGACGACGAAGACCAGGAGCUGGCCAGAGUGCUGCUGAUGCAUGCUGGGAAGAAGUGCAUGGGACGCGGAGAUGCGGAAGAGGAGUCUGUUAAACUUCGAGAGGACGUUUGCCUGCGAGAGCGGGAAGAUAAGGAAGGCACGAGCGGGCGAGCGAGUCCCUGUCCCAGCGUGGCAUCGCAGGCCAGCAGCACAUCGACGGGCCGCAUGACGAGCUUCGCUGAACGCCGCAGACAUAGAGUCGGAUUGCCUGAUGGUUGCCACAGCACCGCCAGCUCACAGACGACCACACCUGAUGGGUCGGAAAGCGCCCAGUUUCCCUCGGACAUGAGCCCGGGAACGCCGGUGGCGGGUGCUCGACCCGGCCUCGCUUCUGAAAUCGUCCACCUGCGCAUGCAGCUGGAAGAGAAACGGCGUGCCAUCGAAAAGCAAAAGAAGAAGAUGGAGAUCAUGUCGGCACGCCAGCGGAUGCGGCUGGGAAAGGCGGCGUUCCUGCAUGUUGUCAAAAAGGGGAGAAGCGACACGUUGCCACACCCACUCAAACAGCAACUCCCACCCAAAGCGAAAACACUUGCGAAGGAUGACGCAUGUGUGGAGGUUUUGAAAGCGAGAGCGAAGAACACAGAACAGAGUCCGGAUAAAGAAAUCCCCGUAGUGGAUAAGGACAAUCGCUUGAGCGUCCCGGACACGAGCGACGAUUUGGGCGAUUCCGGCGGAGAGCCUGACCUCAGCGAAUGCAGCCGUUCCAUCGAGCUCCUGAACGAAGCCAUCGGAGCCAUUCAGCAACAAAUGAUGCAACUGUCUGUCCAACAGGAUUUGAUCAUAAAACAAGCCGUUCAGUCUCCACAAGAACAUCCAACCAAAGCGAACACCGUGCCGCCCUCGAACGAACACGAGACUAAGCCCCGCCUCUCUGUGCAAUUCACAGAGACCCUUUCCACGGCGACGAAACAUCCUCCGAGGUUUAGCUCCAGUCGAACGCCACGGACGAAACCCACUGAGCUCAAACUCUGCAAAGACAGUCGCACUGCAUCCAAAGGAAACACGCAGACCCCCAGCGGGGACCCCAGACCCUCUCCGGGCGGCAGGACCCCCCGGGCUGAGAAUGAGGAGGAGGGCAGGGCUAAAGACAGUGGGCGGGGAAUUAAGGGAAUUAUACGUAAUACCACGUUCAGACUGCAAGAUACCCCGAACCGAUGUUCAGACAGUCUCGAAACGCCCCAGACAGAAGACCCUUUGGUGGAGGCUUCCGCUGUCGAUCUGAACAGGGAUAGGAGUGAAUCCGGACGCUCUGGGAAAGAGAACUUUCCGGUUCUGUCUGAGGAGAACAAAACAAAAGCCCUGCUGAUUGAAGUGGACCUAUCGGAGCUGGCCGAUCCGUCAGAAACCGGCACAGAACCUGACGGUGAACAGAAGUCUGGACUGGGUUUCUUCUUUAAGGAUGAUCAGAAGGCAGAGGACGAGUUGGCGAAGAAGAGAGCGGCGUUUCUACUCAAGCAGCAGCGUAAAGCCGAAGAGACUCGAAAACGAAAAGAGCAGCUGGAGGCGGAGUCAGAACUCAAAAGAGAUGAAGCCAGACGGAAAGCCGAGGAGGAUCGUGUGCGUAAAGAAGAAGAGAAGGCUCGCAGGGAGCUGAUCAAACAAGAGUAUCUGCGGAAAAAGCAACAAGAGCUACUCGAGGAACAGGGUGUGGCCAAACCACGCCCACGGUCCAGGAGGCCACGCCCCAAAUCGCUACACAGAGCCGAGUCCUCCUGUUCUGCUCCGGUCAGUCUGUGUUCUGCUCCGUCAGGAUCUUCUCUCUCAUUGGCUUCUGCAGCUACUGAAGGUGACAGUGUGGCAUCAGGAGGAGCCAGUUCACACAGGGGGGAAUCAGUGGAGUCUUUUCCCAUGUUAAGUCGGAAUGCGAGCAGGAACAUGGAACGAGACUGGGACAACGGAUCAACGGCAUCAUCCAUCACUUCUGUAGCGGAAUACAACGGGCCAAGAUUAUUUAAGGAGCCGAGUGCAAAGUCUAACAAACCGAUCAUCCAGAAUGCCAUCGCUCACUGCUGUCUGGCAGGAAAAGUCAAUGAAUCCCAGAAAAAUGCCAUUCUAGAGGAGAUCGAACGCUGCGAGUCCAACCACCUGAUCAUUCUCUUCCGUGACAGCGGAUGUCAGUUCAGAGCGCUGUACACGUAUUUCCCUGAAACAGAAGAGAUCCUCAAACUCAAAGGGACCGGACCUCGAUCCAUAAGCCGGAAGAUGAUCGACAGAUUCUACAAAUACAGCUCGGACCGCAAGCAGUUCACCGUCAUCCCCGCCAAGUCGAUCUCGGCCAGCGUAGAUGCUCUCACCAUCCACGGUCACCUGUGGCAGGCCAAACGGCCGAGCACCUCCAAGAGAAAAUAAUAACCAGUUUCUAUUGGCUAAUUGGAUUGCUUUGCUGCUUUCUGAUUGGCUGCUGGGUCAUAUUCCAGUCUCUUAACCAAUUGCUGACGAGCAGGCCUCCUAAUCUCCUAUUGGUCCAUGAGCUUCUCAAUUUCCUUUUUCCUAGUGGACUCCUGCUUUCCUAUUGGCUUGCUGGCCGCUGUGAUGUAAGAAGAGCUGAUGAGCUCAGAAUGGGUGGAGCUUCUGUUUGAUUGACAGAGUGAAUAAAUUUCUUUUAGUAUGACUUGAUUUUCAGUGUUUUUAGGCAGAAAUCUGCAUGUGGCACUUUCUGUUUGACGGACGUUUUAUUUUACCGUAGUAUUCAUUUACGCAGGUUCAAAAGACAGCACUUCCACUACUUGAAUCAUGUACACAAGGUCAUUGCAGGUGUUUAUGACUGUGUGUAUCGAUGAGUUCUGUAUUUUGAGUUUCUCAUACCUCUCCAUAUGCUGCUUCUCAUAAGUGAUGCAACAACAUAAAAAGGGAUGUGUGUGUGUGUGUGUAGAUGUCGAACUUUUCAGUGUCAUGGUUUCAGAAUGAUGGUUCUUUAUUUUCUGUUCUUCUCUCAUGUGUGUUCACACUAGCUACUGACAGUAUUAAUGUACUUUUUGUAAUUCUUCACUAAAGAACCAGAUUGUGAUAGAAGCACAUCGCCACUGAAUGUGUGUGUGUGUGUGUUUGGUAAAGAAUGUAUGCACUCCAGAGACUUCUGUGAGCAGGGGUUUCUGUUUUGUUUGGAUUGUACAAAUCUUUGCUUCAUCUUUUUCUUUAUUAUUAUUUACCAUAUAUUUAUUUUAAAGAGCACUGAACUUUAAUAAAUUAUAGAUCCAAAAUGAC